AAAGAGCUGGUCGUUCAUACUUCAUAUCGUUGUGGUAAAACUGCGUCGUACUAUUGAUUUUGUUCGUCAUGCCUCCUAAAGUAAGUGGGAAAGCAGCGAAGAAAGCUGGGAAAGCUCAGAAGAAUAUCACUAAAGGCGAUAAAAAGAAGAAGCGUAGAAGGAAGGAGAGCUACGCAAUUUACAUCUACAAAGUGCUGAAGCAAGUCCAUCCCGACACUGGUAUUUCCUCGAAAGCCAUGACGAUCAUGAACAGCUUCGUCAACGAUAUUUUCGAGCGCAUUGCUGGAGAAUCCUCUCGUCUUGCUCACUACAACAAGCGUUCUACCAUCACGAGUCGAGAAAUCCAAACAGCUGUCCGUCUUCUUUUGCCCGGUGAAUUAGCGAAACACGCCGUCUCUGAAGGCACCAAAGCUGUCACCAAGUAUACCAGCACAAAGUAGAAAGUUUCAUCAAAUUUCUGAAACCCCAGUUUUCCCGAGUUUCGUCAUAACGGCUCUUGUGAGGGCCACCGAAAAUUGUGAAAGGAACGUAGCAACAUCGUCUAUUGCCUGACGCAGCAAACUAUUACCACAAUGUGUAAUUUGUGUAUGAUAUUGAAGUACUCGUUAUACCUGAAUGUUUUACCGUAAAUAAAUCGAACCUUUGAAAUCA